CUACCAAAAAAACCAUUCUCUCUUCUCUUGGAUCUCAUCAGUCAUGGAAACAGGAAUAUAAGUAAUACUUGGGAAAUCUAAGGGCAAAUGUUAAUUGUAGCUUUGAUGCCAACAGCGGCCUAUAAAGUCCGUUGUCGCACAAGCCAGUUUAUUAGUUCAAGUCCAGUGUUCUGUUCUCUCUCUCUCUCUCUCUCUCUCUCUCUGUGUUUAACUUCAUCUCUCUCACAGUCACACACUCAGAGAGUGCUGCAAUGGCACCCAUGAGUCUUCCUCCUGGAUUCAGAUUCCACCCAACAGAUGAAGAGCUUGUUGCUUACUAUCUGGAUCGAAAAAUCAAUGGUCGCACCAUUGAGCUAGAAAUUAUCCCAGAGGUCGACCUCUACAAAUGUGAGCCAUGGGAUCUGCCUGAUAAGUCAUUUCUUCCGAGCAAAGACAUGGAGUGGUACUUCUACAGCCCGAGGGAUAGGAAGUACCCCAACGGGUCGAGAACGAAUAGGGCCACUCGAGCUGGGUACUGGAAAGCCACUGGAAAAGACAGGGUGAGUAGUCAGAGCCGUGCUGUCGGCAUGAAGAAGACAUUGGUGUACUAUAGAGGUAGAGCCCCUCAUGGUAUUAGAACCAACUGGGUUAUGCAUGAGUACCGGCUGGUCGAUUCUGUGUGUGCCAAUGCAUCAUCAUCUCUAAAGGAUUCUUACGCAUUGUGCCGAGUGUUCAAGAAAACAAUACAAAUGCCCCAGAAUAACAAAGAAGAAAAGCCAGUUGGGAUUAACAAUGCAGACAAGGAUUCAAUCUGGGUCUCCAAUGAACAAUUGUUUGGGAAAGAAAAUAGUGGCAUUAAUGAGGGAGCUUCAAGAGGGAUUGAAACUGAUCAAGAUGGGAAUUAUUCCAACCAUGAUUAUCCCAAAUUUCCAUCUGACACCUCUUCUUCAGAUCUCACUCAAGGCACACCUACUGAAAAUGGCAUAGCUGACGAUUUACAAGCUCCAUUUACUUCUGAUGAAGCAAACAGUUCAGCUGAUCUAUACUCUUUUGGUGUCCACUGCUCCUCAGAUCUAAUUCAGGAAACGUAUAUACCACACAAUACGAGCGUAUUGAAUAGCUAUCAAUUUCCUUACCCACCCUUACAACUUGAAGACUUCCCGCAGAUCAAUUUAGCUGCAGAGACAAAAACAGCGAAGCCCGAAAUCAUCGAUGAGUACAUGUUGUACGACAAGUUCAAGGGUUGCAUGAAUGGAACGUUUGAAGAGAUUUUCUCUUUAUGUUCCUCUCAAGACAACUCUGUGGCCCUCUCCAUGCAAGACUAAGUACUAUACAUACUAACACUCACAUUUUCAUACUACAAUUCAUUCAUACACAAAGGUAGAAUUAAAAUAUUGUGUUCCACUGGCUAAAUAACUAGCAAUGGUGGAGAUUUCGUAUUGCCAGAAAUGAGAUUAUCAUGAUAAGGCUAUAUAUAAAGUACUUCACAAUGGAGAAUGAAGUACUUUAUAUUAUUCCCAGAGCAUAAAUUUUUUUUUUGUUACAUAAUUUUCCUUGUAUUGGUUAAUUCCCCCCUUUUGCAUGUUGGUGUUGAAUCGUCUUAGGUCAAUUUUGGGAAGGGAAAUGGAUAAGCUGAUUAUUGUAAAGGUAUUAUUUGGAAAGAAGAAGAUUGUUGGAACA